AUGGCGAUAGAAUUUACCGUUUUCAAAGGCAGCUCGAGUGGAGAAAUAACCGAAGCGAAAACCACUCUCCCAGAACUCCUUUCAAACCAAGUGCUUUUGGAACACACACACUCCGGAGUUUGUGGCACUGAUGCUCACUAUGUCCAUACCGACAUGGUUCUAGGCCACGAGGGAGUAGGAGUUGCGAGAGCAAUAGGCUCCGCCGUCAAGGGCUUCAAAAUUGGAGACAGGAUCGGCUUUGGCUACGUCAAAGGCAGCUGCGGCGAGUGUGAGCAAUGCAAAGCGGGAUACGGCUGGCAUUGCGAGGUGGAUCGACAUGCAUUUGGGAUGAACGAUCUUGAUCAAGGAUCCUUCGCAACCCAUAGCGUCUGGCCAACGAACCGCCUUGUCAAGCUUCCAGAUGCAAUCGCAAGCGCCGAUGCUGGACCAUUCAUGUGCGCUGGUCAGACAGUGUUCGUACCUUUGUGGAGAAACAAGGUGAAAAAGGGUGACCGAGUAGGCGUGAUCGGUAUCGGCGGCCUAGGACAUCUUGCAAUUCAGUUUGCUGCCGCUUGGGGCUGCGAGGUCGUGGUGUUUUCGAGCUCAGAUAGCAAGAAGGAGGAAGCUUUAGGGUUUGGGGCGAAGGAAUUCUGGAACACUAACAAAAUGACUGGAGAUGGGGUUGGUAAGCUGAAUCAUCUGAUUGUGACGACAAGUAAAAUACCAGAUUGGUCCAUAUAUGCCAAUCUCAUGGCACCAUUUGGCCACAUAUAUCCACUUACAAUCCAGUUCGGUACGCGAUUUACAUUCCCAUAUGAGGUUUUGGUCUUGAAAGAGCUCUCUAUCACCGGGAGUUGUUCUUCUAGUAUGGAGGAAAUCCGCGCGAUGCUAGACUUCGUUGUUACUCAUAACAUUCGACCGACGAUCGUCAAGUUUCCCAUGUCUGUAGACGGGAUAUCCGACGCAUUGAAGAAGCUCGACGCAGGGGAGAUUCGAUAUCGGGCGGUCUUGGAAGUCUAG